UGUUGCAGCUGCGCGGAAAGCUAGUUUUCAGACAACUGGCACGCCAGCCAGGAAGCCAAAGGAGACUCAAAUUAUUUCAUUUUUAAGUAUUUUCUAAACUGUAAAACAAUAUAUCUUCAGGCCCAGCGUUUCUCGGAGGGGGUUUCACGGCAUUAGCAGGACCAGAAAUGGAAGGAGAUGAGUGUGGUUUUCCUCCAGAACCAUCAGAUGAUCACUCACAAAGAGGAAGUGUUGCUUCUUCUGCAACACUUACCCGUGCUCAAGAUGUGCUUAUCUACCUGGUGGGUGACAGCGCCGUACACUUGUGUGUAGAAGGGGUCAGUAGCGUCACUGUGCAAGAGUUGGGCCGCAGUGUGAGGGAGGCUCUCCAUAUUCCUGACUCUGCGCAGGAAGCUUUUGCCUUCUGGCUUUGUUCCCCGCUGCUUGAAUUGCAGUUGAAGCCCAGGCAUCAGCCGUACAAAUUGUGUCGGCAGUGGCAGGACUUGCUCUAUCGCUUCACCGAGGCCUCAGAAGACGACAUAUCACAAGAUGAACCAUGUCUCCAAUACAGACGGAAUGUGUUUUAUCCCAAGUCUAAAGAGCUACAGAUAGAUGAUGAAGGAGUGCUGAGACUCCUGUAUGACGAGGCCAGGAGCAACAUCCUCACAGGUCGCUACCCCUGUGACCCCGAGCACUGGACGGGUCUCGGAGCGCUGUCUCUCGCCCUCGAUGAGGGAGUUGGCCUGGACAGCCAAAAACUGACUGCUACUAUAAGAGAAAAGAAACUGUCGUCUUUUCUGCCCGCACAUGUUGCCAUGGGGAGUGGAGGUUUGCUCUCCACUCUGAGGGGAAAGGGGAGCCGGCAGGCAGGACUGGAGCAGAACCUGCUGGCAGAGUACAAAAAGAUGAGCACAUCUGCUGGCAGCCCCCCUGAGCCCACCCAGCUCCUGCACCAGUACCUCACCACAUGCCACACUCUGCCUUACUAUGGGUGUGCUUUCUUCUUUGGGGAGAUUGACAAGCCAGUUCAAGGGAUCCUCCAAAGGGGAGGACGCAAAGCCGUUAAUGUUGGGAUCAGCCUGGAGGGAGUUUAUGUGAUGGAUGUCAAAGAGAAGCAUGUGCUUCUUGGCCUGCGCUUCAAUGAGCUGUCCUGGGACCACAGCUACCCUGAGGAGGAGGGAGACUCUCAUAUUCUUUGGCUUGAAUUUGAUGGAGAGGAAGCUGGCACUCCUGUCAACAAGCUGCUGAAGAUCUACUCAAAACAAGCAGAGCUUAUGAGCGGCCUCAUUGAGUUCUGUGUGGAGCUGAAGUCGGCGUCUGAGGGCGGAGCUGCGGCUGACGCAGACGGUGAGGUCGGUGCGUCUCAGCAGCCUGCCGGACAGGACGGCAGCACCGAGAGAGCACGUGGUGGACAUCGUGGGAAGCUGCGCAGGCAAAGCAGUGUCGUGUGCAGUCGGGUGCACUCGCUUAACACCAUCAGCUAUGUGGACAAUGGAAAAGAAAUUAAACGUUUGAAGCCAAAAAGGGCUGCAUCAUUCUUCAACCGACAGGUGUCGGCACCCUCGUACUCUGCUGUGCAGGUGGUGGAGAGUCUAGAGCAGGGCUAACCUCGAGGAUCAACUCUGCCUCAUGCUCCUCAAAGACCAAACCUGAACAUUUCACAUUGAGAUUUAAGGAAAAGACUUGAUACAGUUUUGAGAGUUUGACUCAAAAAAAUGAAAAUGCAAUGGACCAAGAGAGGGAUCUGUGUGCGAGUGACAAUAUUUAUCCGUCAAAGUUGUUUAUAUUAAGAGACUAUAGUAAUGUGAAAAACAAGAUCUAUUAAGCGAUUAUGCUUCUAAGGUUAGACUGAAGUGGCUGUUGAUUAUGGGCCAGGAUCAACCUGAUGGAUAUGGGGGGAAAGCAGUUUAGGAGCACUGUGUUGUGGAUGUGGCCUUUAUCACUGUUCUCCUUCAGGCAAACUUAUCCUCAAGACUACAAGUCUUCAGCUUUUACAAAAAUCCUCAGACUUUGGCACUAGUCAAAUGCUUCUUAAAAACAAGUUUGAAACCAACAGUCAAAACCAUUUUCCAAAAUUGUGUAAUAGUUUCCAGCUGUAUGAAGCAGUGCUGAAAACUCUGUUUCUAAAACAAUAAGCCUCAUUUGAGCAUAACCUCUGCAUUGCUGUUUUAAGGUAACGCUCAAUAAACUCCUAUGGAGAGUUGAAAAUUAAACUCUGUAACAAAUAACACUAUACAGCCACAAGUGUUGCUACAAAAUUAGUGAAAAACACUUUUCUAGGGGACUAUUUAAGGGUGUGGUCAUGCUGUUCUGCUGUUUUUGUUUUGUUUUUUAAUUGACCGUGCCUUCAGGACAUGAGAUGAGAUGUGAAAAGUUGAUGUCUUGGAGCCGAGUGCACAGGAAGUUGGGGAAAGAUCAACAUUUUAGAAGAACAAAUAUGAUGUCAGGCACUUUUUUGUGAGCUGACUAAUCACAACAAGGAAGAGGCAGGGUUUCAUGUUUCGAGUCACAGAAGAAGUUAGUCAUUUGUUACUCUUGUAAUGUCAGAAUGGUAACCUUCAUGUCUUGACAAUUCUGGAAAAGUUACAGAGCAGCGUUUGACAAUAGUUGCAGCUGGUUGUCAUGGAAACAGUGUGCACAUCAAACAAUUCGCAUUUUUGAAAUGUGCUUUUUUUUUUCCUACAAAAAAGCAGAAUAGUGUGGCCACAUUCUAAAAAUGACUUUCAACACAGGUCAAAAUUAAACAGAAUUAAACAAAAGACUGAUAGUAAUAACUUAUUACAUUGAAACAUCAAUUGUUAAUUCACAUUAACAAAACACUUUUUAUAAAUCAGGACCCAAAACUACAAAAAUUGUAAUUGAGAUAAUAUUAAAAAUAGAAAAACAAAGUCAAACUGAAUUUUAAAACAAGUGAGGUAAAAAAUACUUUCAAACAAAUUAGUGAAGGUAAUGGGCAAAGAAUGGAAAUGAACUGCAUUAAUGCAAUUAAUUACAACUCUUCACCUGACAACACAGACAGCACGGAGUUGGACGUUACCCUUACUGUUUGCUCAGUCGGCCUGAACAUGAGUAUCCUUUCUAAAAUGAGGCAGUGCUGUGUCUGUGUAACUUCUGACAUGAGAGAGGCUAAAACAAAAGAUGCUUUCUACUUUAUUUAAGUAACUUAAAGUGAACAUUUGGCCUUGUUACAGCACUACUGCAGCCUACUGAGGGGUCAUGAACCACUAUUUACACUGCAGUGUUUCUCUAAUUUGUACUUAGCUGUUUAAAAUAGUUUGUUUUCCCUGCAAAUAGCGGCUCAGUUCAAAAAUGUUCAUUUGCAAGAAGUGUGGGAGCUCUCUUAGAAAUGUACUGUAUAGAUAAAUAUAUAUAUAACACAGAACAGUUGACCGAGGCCUUGUUACAAAGCUGUUAAUACCUCUGUAUACCAAAGCAAGCCUAUCUCACAUGCUGCAAUAUAAUAACCGUAAACACUUCAGAGAUAGUUUCAGUCUCACAUUUUUACAGUUGGCGUCAUUGGCACCUUUUGCAAUGCUGAUCAUUUUUUCUCUACAGAAAGAAAAAGGUCGAAUCUUAGAAAAACAACAAUAACAACAAAAAAAACUUUGUGUGCCUGUAGCUUUAUUGUUCCGAUUCUCAGAUAUACAAAAUAGAUAGAACUGAGUGAAUAGAAAAGUCUCCAUGGUAACAAAUGGCUAUACUAAACUUAACAAAAAAAACUUUUCAACUGCAAAUAACAGCAAUAAUGUCACCAAGGCGCUAUUUGUCUCAUCUGUCUCCUCUGGCACCCCGGCUUUGGCUUGAUAUGGAUGAUAUCUUUAGCCAGGGAGAUGAACUAUAUCAAGAUUUGAGCAUUUCAACAAGCAUAUGUCAUACUCUGUGAAAUUAUCAUGCCAUUUCAGAGGUUUCAGAGAUGUAAUUACAGAGAUCAUGGUGAUAUUUUACCUGUCAGCAUGCAGUUUUGUCAGUCUUUGAUUGCCUGAAUCCUAAACGCUGGUUCAGAAUUCAGAUUCUAACAGCUCUGACAGCUAAUCGAGAUUUGAUGUCAAAAUUUUGGCUUGCAAGAGUGAAACAUCGCUUUGUACCGCAGAAUCGGCACAGUGAAGUCACUGAACAUCUGCCUCACAUUUUCAAGAGAGAACAAAUUGUCAGCAAUAGUGCAAACUGUGUCAAUAUCGCGCUCCAGCUCUUAUUGGUUGCGGAAACAGUGGUAUGCCUCCAUCUUUACAUGGCAGGGUCCUCCGGAUGCCUCUCAGAAAUUCACCCUGAUCUUACUAGAAGCAGUUCCUGUAUCUUUUCUCUACGUUUCACCUCACUAAUACAUACAAAACUAUUCAGCUGCCUUCCACUUGAACUCGGCGUGCUCGUUUUGAGAUGUGAUAAUGCCAGAGGAAUCAAAGUCAUCAUGUAUCCCUCCCGAUUCCCUGCGUAUGCAAACUGCAGAAUGUGUUUUUCUUCUAAGUCCUUUUGACGUAUGUAACUUAACCGAUGCAGAGGCAACAGUCUGAUUUGUUGUUGCUGAGUCACACUAUGCAUGUUAUAUUGUAGAAUAGUCAUUCCGACAAGCCACACAUCAUGUGAUAUGAUUCUGCACUAUUAAUACUAAUACACUGUAUAUAUUGUUUUACAUCUGCUGAUUCUUUAUAUUGUUUCUUAGCUUUCAUAAAAGAAUAUUUUUACUUUCACUUUCAUAUACUUGUCAGUGUUCUUACACAAAAGAAAAUGAAGAAAUAGGUCAGUUUAAGCGUUAUUUCCUCAAGUGGACACUUUACAAGAACAUAAAGUGCCUUUUUGUUUGUACUACAUUUGCCUCGGAGGGACUGUUUUGGUACUUGUAAACUAGGGGAUGGGCAAUUUUGGUGGUGCUAGGGUUUGGAGAAAAAAAAAAAAAAAACAGUCGCCAUGUGCUGUGUCUCAUAUUUUCAACUAACCGAUGAAGUUCACCUUCCCUAGCUGAUAUGAACAUGUUGACAAGGCCUGAACAACUCCCUGGACAGCUGCACUGGUCAACCUGCUACUGAACAAUAUUAUCUUCUUUCUAUCAAUGCAGUGCAAACUCAGCUUAAACUACAUGUGUUUGACAUCUGUUGGCUUUUGUCACAAAUAGAUGCAAAGUGGUCCUGUUUCUCAAAAAGCAUGUCGAAAAGUAAAGCGAGAAGAGUAAUCAUAGAGAUGACUUCAGAAUUAUUAAAUACUAACUUUCAAAUGGAGCACUCAGACGCCAACAUGGACAUAUAUUGGUAAUAAGUGCCCUGUCUGAACACUGACCACUUGUAUAAUUAGGCUUGUGUGCAUUGAGUGUGGUUAACUGUGUGCUGCAUUGAUGUGAGUCAGUCUGCCAGUGUUGGCCUGACGGGGAGGGAAAGUCAUCCUCUGCUUCUGUUCAAAGCUCAUUGAGAAAAGUUUACUUUCUCCAUGUGAAAUUUUAUGUCAAGUUAUACUACAGAUUACAUUAAAUAAAGAGAAGGAUUCCA